GAUGCUUACUGGGAAAUGGGUCUACCAUCUUGGAUGGCAUGGCCCAGCUAAGAAGUGCGUGAUGACGAGAAAUGUGAUUUUCCGGGAAAGGAUCGGUGCUCUGCUACGUGAGAACGUAUAGAAUUUAGUGGCCGUGUAUUUUGCACCAUUCUUUUACAAUGGAGGCCGUUAAAGCUUUUAACGCGGAGCUUUCCGCUUUAUAUGAUGUAAAGCCACCAAUUUCAAAGGCUAAAAUGAAUUCACUUACUAGAGGAGCUAUUAAAGCCAUUAAGUUCUAUAAACAUGUUGUACAAAGUGUUGAAAAAUUUAUACAAAAAUGCAAGCCAGAGUACAAAGUUCCUGGAUUGUAUGUAAUAGAUUCAAUUGUACGGCAAUCUAGACAUCAAUUUGGAAUGGAGAAGGAUGUAUUUGCUCCUAGGUUUGCAAAAAAUAUGCAGACAACCUUCCUUAACUUAUUGAAAUGUCCGCCAGAAGAUAAAAGUAAAGUCAUACGUGUUCUAAAUCUUUGGCAAAAAAAUGCUGUGUUUCCACCGGAAGUAAUACAACCACUGUUCGAUUUGGCUGAUCCGAACCAUCCCAUUCACAAAGAACAGCCAAUAAAUACUAAUGGUACGUUAAAUACAACAUCAGGUAGUAAUGUAAACGCUCUUAAUGCAGUUACAAAAACACCGCCAUCUACAGUUAAGAACACACCAAAAGAUCAAAAGCUUUUUUCAUCAGCUAAACCCAUCGACCCGGCAUGGCUCGCUCAAACCAAAAUGGAAACGGCUAAUAUUGUUAAUGCUAAUAAGCUGCUGGGACAGGCUGGGUCGAAUCAAGUGGACGUCUCUUUCCUGGAUCAGCUUCAACAUUUACAACAGCUACUACUGAAGAAGCAAGAAGCUGCCAAUGAAUCACAGUCUUCAGUGAAGUUCGACAAAAAAUUAUUAGAUUUCGAUUAUGGUGAAGAAGAAGAUGAUGACGUGGUUGUCACAAAUUCCCCAACAACAGCAGCUACAGCCGUUGCACAGCAUAAUGCUGGGUCCACCAGUGGCAGUCUUGAGAGCCUUGGUCUCCUAUUAACUAAUCCAGAGGUUCUAAGACAAUUACAGACAUUACAGCAAACUAUGCAAGGUGGCUCAUCCGUUUCUCAGCACGAAAUGGAAGAAAAAAUGCGUAAGCUGCAGCAAAUGAAACAACAGGAAGAAGAGUUUGAUAAGCAUCUAGCGCAGACUGUUCCCAAUUUACCGUUCGCUUCGGAGUGCGAAUUAAAACCUUCAGACAUUCUGAAACCAAGUCAACAGAAUGUUUACAGCACAAUUACGAAUGCUGGAGUUAUGCAGCAAGAUAUGAGCCAACCACCUCCUGGCUAUCCACCUGCCCUACCGUAUUCUUCUCAACCACCAUCAGCCCUUAGAUCAACCGCCCAAACGACGCAUCCAAGUCAAAAAAGUCCUUUAAUGGAUGAAAGACAAGACUCUCAAGAUUAUCAAGGAUCGGUUACAGCUAGACGAGAUAGUAGUAGUGUGGAGAUAGUGAAUUGCGAAACAGUAAGGUCUCAGAGCAGGUCGCCAGAUCGAUAUAGGCGCCAUAGUCGAUCGAGAUCACCACGGCAUAGAGACAGAGACAGAGAUCGUGAUAGAGAUCGUGACAGAGACCGAAAAUCACGAUCACGAAGCCGAUCCAGACGUAGGAGGUCACGUUCGAGAGACAGAGACCGUGACCGAAAACGGGAUGACAGUAGAGAUAAAAUGACGGAGGAGGAACGUGAAAAACAGAGGGAACGCCGAAAACGGGGUUUACCGCCGAUAGUUAGAGAUAAACUUAGCGUAUGCAGUACGACAUUGUGGGUGGGUCAUUUAUCAAAAUUAGUGCACCAAGAAGAAUUGUCUGAUACUUUUGGAGAAUUUGGCGAUAUUGUUAGUAUUGACCUAAUUUCUCCAAGAGGUUGUGCUUUCAUUUGUAUGAACAGACGACAAGAUGCAUACCGUGCACUCACGAAACUUAAAAGUCACAAAAUGCAAGGGAAAGCAAUAACGUUAGCUUGGGCUCCUGGUAAAGGUGUUAAAGGUAAAGAGUGGAAGGACUAUUGGGAAGUGGAAUUAGGCGUGAGUUAUAUUCCGUGGAAUAAAUUAAAUAAUGUAACGGAUCAAGAUCUUGAGUUACUAGAAGAAGGAGGAAUGAUAGAUGAAGAUACGUUGCCACCUCGAUUGAGAGGAAAACUAAAACAUACUAGUGCCAAUGCUGAAGCAUUGCAACAACUGCAAAUGCAACAACACGCUAUGGCAGCUGCAGCUGCUGCAGGAGCUCCGAUUCCUACGUUAACAGAUGGUAUGGUUAACGUUAUGCAAACGACUGGUGGUAAUCAGCAACAGCAACAGCAGCAACAACAACAGCAAUUAGUUGAUACAAGUCAACCACCUCCUAUUCGGCCACCAACGACUGCACCAUUGCUACCACCUCCAAAUCCCCAGCUGCAAAUGAUGCCACCUGGAUUUACAAUGACUGGCGUACCCCUGAACGAAACAGGUAUGAUUGGACCAAUGGGAUUACCGAUGCCUCAUGGACUGAUGCCAAAUGUUCCAAUUGGUGUACCACCACCCAAUAUGCAAGGACUUUUGGGACCACCAGGAAUGAUGCAGACUAUGCUAACACCGCCUGUUAAUUCUCCCUUCGGAGCUGGUGUUGGUGUAGGAUUGCUGACGCAGAUACCGCUUCCUGCUCCUGCUGCGCCAUCAGAUAAGCCCAAUGCGACCGGUAUGCCACAUAAUGUUCCGCCAAUGGGAGUACCACCACCGACGUCUGAGACCAAUUUGGCAAACUUGCCGAUGUUAAGACAGCCGUUCGGCGUGGGUCCACCUCCAUCAAUGCAAAUGCAAAUGCCGCAACAUCAUUCGGAAGACAUGGAUGUAGAAAUGGAAGACGCCAUGCCACCGAGUGUGAACAAUGUUCCUAAAGAGAAGGCAAAUUUAAGUGAUCAACUUCUGGGUGUUUUGGCUGCAGAAAACAGAUUGGAUAACGAUCAGCAGAACAGAGAUAUCCGAGAAAGAGAUCGGGAUCGUGAUAAUAGAGAUAGACGAGAUCGAGGUGAUCGGGAUAGGAACGAUCGUACCGACGGAAAUGAAUCCAGAGGUGGACGAGAUCGAGGAAGAGGAAGAGAUCGGGGUCGUGACAGGCGACGAGAUGGUAGGGAUGGUCGUGAUAGAGAUAGAGACGAUCGGCGAGAUCAUGAUAGAGAUAGCCGUGAUGGUAACAUGAGACAUCAGGACGGACCCAUUUUGCAAAAUCAGAAUUCUAUUACGGAUGGUGAUGGUAUUGCUAAGAAGGACGGAAAACCUAGUCUAGCUGAUAGGCUAAGACAGUUGGCUGAUGGAACAUUGCCAUUGGACGAUCGAAUAGACAGAAAUAUUCGGAAUGACAGAAAUGAUCGCGACAGGUGUGAUAGAAACUUUGAGGAUGGACCUGCUGCACGUCGACCUAAUGACUUGCCCCCUUCCCUGAUGGACUUACCAAAGUUCACAGCGGCUCCACAAGAGAGACCUGAUUUCGCUCCUAGAGGACCGGACUUUAGAGGUGGUGAUCUUAGGGAUUAUCCCCAAAGAGGUCCUGGAGAUAGGGAUCGGCAGUCGUUCGGCCCGAGAGGUCCUGUAGGACCACCAAGGGGUCCAUUAGAUGACUUUCCGGAUCCCAGAAUGCACGGUGGAAGAUUUCCGGAUGAUUUCGAUAAUAGAUUGGGGCCCAACGGACCACGUCCAGAUGACUUUGAUCCUCGUCUCGGACCCCCUAGGGAGGAAUUCGACAGACCGGACGUGCGCGGGCGGCAUUCGGUAGAUGAUUAUGAACGAGAACGGUUUGAAUAUGAAAUGCGACAACGAGAUGGAUUUGAUCCACGGAUACAAGACGGAUUUGAUCCGAGAGAUCACCCAGAUUUUGAUCCCAGGAGAAGAGACUUUUUCGGAGGACCGCUGGAACCUGGAUUUGGACCACCGCCUAUGUUGGGUCCGAGAGGUCCAAGGGGUCCUAUAGGCCCCGAUGGUUUUGGUCCAAGGGGUCCUGGAUUAGGUUCUCGAGGUCAUGGUCCACCAAUGUUCCACCCACGAGGAAUGGGUCCGAGGGGUAUGAGACCUGGAAUGAGGCCACCCUUUGGUCCGCGAGGCCCUUCAUUUGAUCCGCGAGAGGGUGAUUCAUUCUUCCGGCCACCAUUUGAUGAUGGACGUGGUCCUCCAGGACCGCAUAUGAGGCCACCCUAUGGAUCCAUGGGUUGUCCACCCAUUAUUGGUCCUGAUGGUCCAUGGAGAAAUCAAGAAAAUGGACCGCCGCCAUUAGGACCAUGGCCAUCCGCUGAUGCUGGAAAUGGUCUUGAAGUGGAUGACCUUAACCAGAGGGAGAAUAUCCAAAGGGAAAAUCAAAAAGGUUCUAAUAAAUCGCAGGAUCACAAAAGUAGUGGAUCAGAGCGCGAAAGUCGUAAUCGAAGCAGAAAAUCGCGAUGGGGCAACGUAAGUCCACCACCUGUAGAACAUGGCGACGAGAGAACACCUGGUGAUGAUGGUGAAGAAAGUAAAAAAAUGUUGGAUGAUCAGAAAUAUGAUGAAAACAAUGAAAGCUCAGAGAACUUUCACGAAAUCCCAGAGCGUAAUUCCGAAUUCGAACUACCUGUACAAAAUAAGCAAAACGAUAAUAACAUAACGGCUACCGAACAUCAGUCUCAAGCUAAUCAGGAAAAAGAAACAGAAUUCGAAGAGACACGUGGGAAUGAGUGUAAGGCAUUGGUUAUGACGGAUGAGAGUCAUAUAGAACAAAAAGAGAAUUAUUCGUUCGAGAAACAGGAGAGUCCGUUCUGUGAACACGAGCCGGAAGAAAAUCCAUUUAAUCCGGAAAUCCAAAGUAAAUACAAUGAAUCCAUUCCGAUAAUAGAGCCAGAACCGUUGAUAGAGGAGAAAAGCGAAAAUAUGGAGUAUCAAAGUGAAAAUCAGAAGGAACCAGCGGUGGCAACCGAGCUCCAAGAAGAGCCGUCGCAAGAGGUCUGAUAUCUUGAUGAGAGUGACUAAAGUAAUGAUAAAUGGAUCUCCGUGGAGACUCGUGUAAAAUAUGGUCCCGAUACGGUACAGUGUAUAUAGAUCGAUGUAACUAAACAGGAAGUGAAAACAAUUUGGACGUUUGGACUUGGAGUGCUGGACUCCAGAGUGGUGGGGGAGCUGUGGGUUCAGUGAGUUUUUAUUAGAAAUUCUCUUAAGCACUCGAUCGGAUCGUUUAAGUUUUCGAAACUUCCCUCUUGAAUGAUAAAUGCUGCUUAAACAUUGCUGUGAUAGUGAACACAGGACCUAUUAUCUACCUAUGUACCUAGACGAAGAUGACUCAAACCAAAUCGAAAUUAACUUUUUUAACUAGAUACAAUAUUAAUUACAAAGUAGAAUUAUGCUUAAAAAAGAAAGUCUUAAUUAUUUUGCCAGUUGAGAAUAGUCAGUUCUUCAUAGCUUUACUAAAGAAUCUUUAAACUUUAUUUCCAAUCAAACGUCAGGUAUUGUACAGCGAGAGUAUUGUACCUAAAUAUCCUAAAUAAUUAUUAAUUUAUUGAAUUGUACAUAUUUUUAUAUUUUCCUAGCAGAACGAAUAGUUGAAUAUAUUGUGCAAAUCGUUGCUCAAUCGAAGAGAGGAAAUAAAUAUUUUAUACAUAUCAUUUUUGACAAAACAAAAUAUCAUGGCGUUCUCAUUCCAAUUUGUGCAUAGCUCCCAGGUUACAACAAUUGUUAUACAAGUUUCUGAGAGUCAUGUCAGUCUAUCUUCUCUCAUACAAUUCACGGUAUAUUAUCUCGCUAGAAACACAAAUCUCCUCAGAGUAUAGUUAACGAGCAUAAAAACGAUUCAGCCACUGACGUUUAGAUUAUUUAAUUUCAUUGAAUGACGAUUUAACUUAUUUCUUAUUACUCUUUAAAAUUCCAUUUCGACAGCACUUUCAAUUCCAUCACUAAUAUUACCGAACAUUGCCAAUAUCUGUAUUCUAUUCUAAAUCAUUUUGCGAAUAACGAUUGUAGGCGUCGUAGGGUAUUUAAUACUUGAAAUUCGUUUAAUUACGAAGGGAUGAGGUCAUGUUAAUUACACUUAAAAAUUAGAAAAAUGUAAAUUUAUCAAGUAGUCCGUUAAAAAGGUGAGAAUUCUAGUUUCUCGGGACGAAUGGAAUAAGGUGGAUUCCAUUCGUACAUCUCUCAGUUCCUGUGUUCACGCACGCACGUUUCUCGCACGUCGCAGCGCUGGAGGACUCGCGCUUGCGCUCAAACUGAGUGACAAGUGCAAGGUACUGUUCACAUUACAUUCAUAAAUUAGCAGAGGAAAGUGACCACUUGCGUUUAUAUGCCGAAAAAGUUAAAACGUUUUGAAACCACACCAGCCCGCACCACUCCAAGACAAAAAGAGCUCCAACGAAUCAAUUCUCGAGAUCGACAAAAUAAAACAAUUUACCAAUUGUAUUAGUUGUAAUGGAAUAGGUCCGUAUUUAUAAGCGUGUUGUCAUGUAAAAAUCGCGCUUAUGCAAAACCAACAACAACAAACAGCGUACUUUGUAAUGUUCGAGGCGAUCACUUUAGACAUACUUCUAGUAGCGAAGAGAGUUUUCGUCUUUCGCAAAUUCAUUAUGAAAAAUUAUUAACGAAUCAACUUAAGUUUCGCUAACGGAGAGUUAUACUUUUAAGCGACAACCAUGUGAACGGCAUAAGGCAAUUCUUUACUUUUUUUUCCUCAUUUUACUUACAACAAACAUGUUUUCACGUGAGUUUAAAUUAAUUUUCGGGAAGAAGUUUACUCCAUGCCUUAUGUACUGGCCAUGUUCAAUAAUAGCUAAGCGGUUGGACUAUCUUACCGAAAAUUAUUUUAAACAAUUGCAUUUACGCGAUACGAAUUCGUAGUUAUGAUUACAUGACAUUUUAUUGUAUCACGUACCAUUAUAUUGUCAAUCGGAGGAUGCGAUUCUUUUUUGGUAUUUAGUGUCAGAGAAAAUUCAUUUAAAUAUGGGCCUGUUCUGUUCUGAUCUGUUGAAGAAAAAAAAAAUGUAACCCUACCAAUUGACCUUGUACUUGAAGAUAUGCUUCGUAAAGAUAUUUGCUUCAAUAAUUUUUCUUUUUAUGUAAUCAUACUGAACUAUCGGUUAUCACUUUUGCUUCUUUUCAAUUUCUUUCAGGAUUAGAUUUAUUAGAUUUCAUAUUUUAUGCGUAAUUCAAUAUAAACAUGAAUUGAUUUGUUUUCAGACUUCAAGGAUUUUGUGGAUUAAUUAGGGAGUGGUGCGUGGUAGUGCAUUUCAAGAUUGGAUUCAUAUUGUCUAAAUAUUGUUUUUUUUCUCUUCAAUUUAAAGUCAAUCCACAUUUAUGUAUCACAAUAUUUUUUACAAGAUAUGCAUUCGUUUUUAUCAUUAAACAAAUGUGCAUUGUAUUUGAUAUACUUAUCAUCUAACAAUGCAUUACAUAAAAUACAUAUAUUAGAUUUAAAGUGAAGAAUAUAGUUUAUUUGGAGAAUAUUUUUUUUCGGAAGAUAAAUAUAAUUUGCAUUAUUUAUACUGUAUUGAUAUAAAUGAACACGAAUGAUAAUAUGAAUCCAAUUCUUUAACAAAUUAAUGGAAUCUUAUUCAACGAAUAUCUUCCAUGGUACUAUUAAAUUCAUUUAAUCACAAGAGAAUACUUAUGACAGUUUUAUCACAGUGAUGAACUAAAGAUUGGUGUCAAUAAUUUAACACCGCGUAGACACCUUUUUCAUUAAUUAUUAUUGACACAUUAAUAUUCAUGAAUUGUUUAUCCUCCAGUUAUGUCAAUGCAUAACACACUCGAUAAUGGAACUCGGCAAUGGCAAUAAUAACGGUUUCCAUAUUGAUCAUUCGCGAUGCUCACUGAGCUCAUUGAAUUACAUCUGCGGUUUUGUGCAACAAUGGCGAACAAUUUAAGAUAUAUUUUUUCUAGUAUGAAAUGACAAUAUGAACUGACACGACUGCUAACGGCUCUUCCAUUAAUUAUGGCCGGAUUUCCGAGUUUCAUUGCACGUCCAGGAAUCUGUUGACAAAGCCAUAUGCUAAUGGCAAUUGAAGUAAUGGGAUCUUAUGAAAAAAGAAAAUAUCUAAACGAUUCAUUUUGUAUCACCAUGAGGUUGUAGCUUUAGGAUUUCACGAGUGUUAACUUUUAAUAUCCAAGAAUCUUAUUCAUGUAUGCAUCAGUUUAAUAGAUUAACAGGAAUUCAAAUGAUAAUUCAAUACCUCGGUGGUCUUUAUACAUAAGAGUUCGUCAUUAAUCUUGUGAGGGAUUGACAUGAGGGAUAACAAGCAAUUAAUUUAAUUUUUUCUAUUAUUCGAGUAAUAUUCAUGAGUCGCUAGAUAAAAUGUGGCAGACAACGAUACGAGCAUGUGAUUGGAUGAGAUGCGAAUAAAAUAUUAUCUUGAGUCGUCGUUUGAUAGAAAAUAUUGCUAGCAAAAUGGAUGGACAUAAGGAUCCUGUUGCAUAUUUUUAAUUUCUAUGGCUGAUGCCACUUUCGUAUGUUAUAUCGUCUUCAAUCAUAGACAUCCGUAUGGCGUGAAGUCGAAGACUCGGAUGAUCAAUGUGUAGAGAGACUAGGAAUAGAAAUAUUGCUGGAUUAAAAUGUUGAGUUAAUAUUAUUUUAAUAUUCAAUUAGAUUAUUCGUGUAUUCAAUUAGUUUGGAUAUAUUGCACUUAUGCUAUUAUUAUUGUAACAUUAUUCUACAUAAAUGAUACACUGUAAUCCUUAAAGUUAUAAGAAUAAAGAUAUAAAAUG